AUGGCUCCCCCCUCGUCUUCUCCGUCCUCCAGCGCGUCGAUAGACCCAGGAGGAGAGACACCGUCUAAGAUCUCUAAUCACGAUAGCCAAUCCCUCAAUCGUGAGUUAGAGAUAAAGCUCCAGUCUCCGCCGAUUCCUGCGGCGAUUCCAGCUGCUAAGGUCCCAUCUUACGCAGAAAGGUUCAAGUCAUCUCUGAGGAACCUCCGUAAGAUCUCCAAUCCUUCCUUUCUCGAGGAUGGAACUCCAGUGGUCCAGGCUCCGGAAUCAGUACUGCUACAAACCUCAGAACUUUGGAAGGACCAUGUAGUGGCGCACUUCCAUGGGCGUAGACCGUCGGCGACAAAGAUUCUUGCAGAUUUGAACCCGGUUUGGGGAAAGUUUGGGAAUAUAACGACAGCAGAUGGAAACUUAGCCGCUCAAGAGUUGCUCUUUGCUCCGACAUGGGCGGUUUUGAAGAAUGUUCCUCCUCAGUUGUAUUCUCUAGAUGGAAUUAGUGUGGUGGCUAGUGGUAUUGGUGAGCCACUACACACUGAGAAAUCGCGUCUGGACCCUUACCAUUUCGGUGAUACCAAAGUUAAGGUGGAGAUUGAUCUCUCCAAGACGCCGCCUGAAGUGGUAGAAGUGCGAGACACUCAAGGAAACUCCGUGAGGGUUGUUGUUGAGUAUCCUAGCCUUCCGCCGAAGUGUAUUAAUUGUGGUAAGUAUGGUCAUCUGAUGAAUCGCUGCCACAAACCUCUAAUGAAAAGACCUCAGCCACAGAAGAAAGAAAAAGUGAUCAGUGUGGUUAAGUCGGGAGAGGAGAUGUCGCUAGUCGAGAAGAGUCAGGGGGAUAGCUCAGGUGCUACAGAGAAUGAGAAAGUGAAGCAGAGGAAAGCUCGCUCCAGAUCACGCAGAAGGUCUCGGUCCCGAGCUAGGAACAGAGUGAGGGCACUAAGCUCACCCCCUGAGUCAAAAGGUGUUUCCUCUAUUGCUCCCCUUGUGGAAGUUGAGCACGAUGAGGUACCUCAGAAGGGCAAUUUAGUUGGAGAGAAAGAGGUCAGUAGGAAGAGGGGUUCCAAUUUCAGCAAGGAAGAUUCCGAUGUUGCGGUGUCUCAGUUGGAGGAAGGGGAGAUAAGUAUUGAUCCAGGAGCCGAGCGAGCAGAGUGCUUGGAGAAGUCUCAGAACAUUGUAACAGAGCAGCAGGCUGACAAUCCUCUGUGGUUUACGAAACAUUCGAAAAGUUACAGACGAGCUCUAAGGCAAAUGGCGAAUUGGAAAGCUUCUGGUGCUAUCGGCUCGCCUCCUAAGUCAGCGAAGCUUCUUACACGGGGUAGUCCCUCGGGUAAGCAGCAAGAUUCUUGA